CUCACCCCGUCCAGCCCGUUCCUUCAUUCAUGGAUGCUUCACAAUCUCACAAAAAACGAAAGUAUGUCGAAGUUGCCAAUGCCACGCCGUCCCCUAAAAAGAAGAAAGAGCGCAAGGACAAAGGCAAAUCCACCAUGUCCCAUGUAGCUCUCAACGUUCACAAAAACGGCAAAGGCAAAGCGCGUGCCGAUAGCACAGGAGAGUUCUCUGUCGUCCAGGCAUCUCUCAUAGUAUCUAUUGCACCGGUGUUUGCCAGUAAUCUGCAGGGUGGUGCGGAGGAAAUGCUUGAUUCCAUGAUUAUGCGAUAUAUUCCAGCAUUACAAGGCGUUGUAUUGGCACACCAUAAUCUCAAAUUCCUCAGCAGAACAGCUACCAUUAAGGCGGACUGUCCGUUUACAGUAUGUCCCAUUUGCUUUGAUGCAACCGUAUGGCGACCUCGCGUCGGUAUGAAACUGGUCGGCAAAGUGAAUCUAUGUUCGCCAGAUCAUAUCUCUUUGCUCGUGCAUCGUACAUUCAACGUCUCGAUACCUCGUCACCACAUACCGACUGACAGCUGGGAGUUCGAGUAUGGACCCGCUGAAAAUGACCCAGAGUUUGGAGUGAAUAUAGAUGAUGCCGAUACCCUGAAAGUGUCUGUAUCCCAACGAGGAGAGAAUGCGAAAGAGAACGAAGAAGAGGGGAGUGGGCGUUGGUCACACAAAAUCACGGGGACCAAACUGGGUGGGGAUGAUGGUUUCCUGAAGUUCACGGUCGUUGGUCUCACUGUAGCGAACGAGAUGUUGUCGCUGCAGGGUUCCAUACAAACGGAUCCAUUCUCUCCAGAACAUAAACCUCGCGCUACUCGGUCACCAGAUCCGGAAUCUGAGGCCCCGGACAUAGCUGAAGUGGAUGAAGAACUCGCCGAAGCCGAUGAAGACGAGGAAAUCGACACAUUCGCGCGACUGGCCAAGAUGGGAGAAGAAGCCAUUGCAGAGGAGGCGAGGCGAAAGAAGCAAGAAGAGCAGGUAGAAAAGCAGAAGAAACAGGAACGGAAAGAAAAGAAAAGAAAGCGCCGAGAAGGCGAUGAAGGAGUCACGAAUGUGAACAACACCCAAGAAAGUAGUAAAAAGAAGGCCAAGGGAGAAAAGACCAAACGCAAAAAGGCUGCUGAGCCGUGA